GGGAGAGCCGCCGGGGAGGCGGCGGCGUCGGCGGCGGCGGAGGAGGAGAUGAUGGCGAGCGCGGCGGUGAGCGUAUCUGGUUCGUCUCCGGUGGCGGCGGCGGCGAUGGCGAGGGAUCACCGUGCUGAGGGAAUGCGGCGAUCGGAGUCGGGGACGGAUCUGUCUGGGAUGCGGCGGUCGAUGUCGGCUCCGCAGCUCCGGUGCUCCCUGAACGUCCCCCGCGCGGCAGCGCCGGCGUCGCUGAAGAGCAGCCGGUCGAUCGGCGUGUUCCCAUUGGGAUCCAUCAUCACCAAUUCGAUCCGGUCGUUCCUGUUCGACUCGGGGGAGGGGGUGACCGGCGGCGGCAUGAGGCUGGUGGAGCCGGCGGAGGAGAGCGACGAGGAGGUGGUGGCGGGAUCGGAGGAGGAGGGGAUCGGACAGGAGAAGCGAGCUAAUUGGGUGGCACGGAUCUUGGAGCUGAGGCGGCGGUGGAGGGAUCGGCAGCACAAGGUCGAUGGAGUGGAGGAGGAAGACAAGGAGGGAGGUGAAGAGGAUGGCUACUGUGGGGUGAGUUACGAGUCCGAGGAGGAAGAGGAGGGCGAGUGGGAUCGAGAAUCGUUCGAGAGUCUGUUGGGGCGGGUCCCGUGGUCGGACGAGAAACUCUUCUCCCAGCUAGCGUUCCUCUGUGACAUGGCCUACGUGAUCCCCGAGAUCAAGGAGGAGGAGCUGCGUGCGUGGUACGACGUCGGGUUCGUGACAUCGUCCUUGGAGAAGAAAGAGGAGGCCGCGAUCAGGGCCAAGUUCGAGAGCGACUCCACGCCGCUCCCGCAAGGGCCUCAAGGAUCCGAUCCCAUGACGACGGCCCAUCCCAACCGGCAGGUCCGCCCGUCUCUCGCUUACAAGGUCGCCGCCUCCGCCGCCUCCUACGUGCACUCCCGCGCUAAGGGCCUCCUUUCCCUCGGCAGCGGAGCCGGGCACUGCGCGGCCGACUCGGAGGAGACCUUGGGUCCCAGCAGCUAUGGCUACAAGAACCCCGAGGUGGCCGCCUACGUGGCGGCGUCGACGAUGACGGCGGUGGUGGCAGCGGAGGAGGAGGCGAGGCAGGAGGCGGCCAAAGAUCUCCGCUCCCUUCAUUCCUCCCCGUGCGAAUGGUUCGUGUGCGACCACGAGAGGACGCGCACCCGCUGCUUCGUGAUCCAGGGAUCUGACUCGCUGGCUUCUUGGCAAGCAAAUCUAUUCUUUGAGCCCACCAAAUUCGAAGGGAUGGAAGUGCUGGUGCACCGGGGGAUCUACGAAGCGGCAAAGGGCAUAUACGAGCAAUUCUUGCCCGAGAUCAAAGAUCACCUUAGUCGCCACGGCGACAGGGCCAGGCUGCGGUUCUCCGGCCAUUCGCUGGGGGGAAGCCUCAGCCUCCUCGUCGGCCUGAUGCUGCUUGCUCGAGGCGACGUCAAGCUCCACCACCUCCUCCCUGUCGUCACGUUUGGGUCGCCGUCCGUGUUCUGCGGGGGGCAGCGGGUCCUGGAGGAGCUGGGUUUGGACGAGGGGUUCGUGCGCUCUGUGAUUAUGCACCGCGACAUCGUGCCCAGGGCCUUCUCCUGCGACUACCCCAACCACGUUGCCCAUGUCCUCAAGCGCCUCAACGGCGCGUUUCGUUCCCACCCAUGCCUUAACAAUCAGAAGGUGCUGUAUUCUCCAUUAGGCAAGACUUACAUUCUCCAACCUGAUGACCAGUCCUCGCCUUUCCACCCUAUGCUGCCACCGGAAGCUGCUCUCUACGUGCUGGACGGGAAGAACAUCGCCGGGAGUUCAUCCAGAGCCACAACCAAGAGCGCGCUGCGAGCAUUCGUCAACUCGCCGCAUCCGCUGGAGACCCUGAGCGACCCCAGGGCGUACGGCUCGGAAGGCACCAUCCUCCGUGACCACGACUGCAGCAAUUACGUGAAGGCCCUCAACGCCUUGCUGAGACAGCACACCAAGUCGGUGAGGCGGAGGUCGAGGAAGCAGCAGUUCAACCAAAGGUGGCCGCUCGUCGCCGGCCCUGGAACCGGACUGCUACCUUCUCACCCAUGCGGAAGCCACCGGAAUCCACUCCUGGAGACGCCUGCAUUGGUUACAAACGAAUUGUCUACUGGAGUUUGAGGAGACUGCUAAGAAUGCCGACGCAUCGACGGAACUGGGAACGUGGUGGUGUUGCAUGGAACACAACUAAUUAGUGGUGUUGCAUGGAACACAACUCAUUGUCUACUUUGACCCACAUGUUCAGUCAAUGGAAAUAACUGUAAAUUAUUUGCGGUCGCAUUGCCUAACGGAAUCAGCAAGCUUAUCUUUCUUGAUA